AUGGAUACCAUCGUUGCAGGCGACAUGAACGCCCACCACCUCCACUGGAGAACAGACCGACCAAGCUCAAGAUGCGGUACGAAACUCGCUGAGUGGGCAGAAGAACAAGGGCUUCUUCUCCUUAACGAACCCGACAUAGACACAACCCGGUCGGCGCCUCAUCGACGUGCAACCACAAUAGACCUAGCAUUCUCCAAUAUUGACCAAGCCGCCGCGGUUGUGGAGGAAUAUCUCACAACAGGCUCACUGCAUUACACACCACUACUCGACAGCCACGAGAACAUUGAACGAACAACGUCCUCACUCACAGAUAUUAUCGAGACGGCAAUCCGAACGUGCGGCCAUCGUCAAAAUAACCACAAGGCCGGCAAAAACCCCUGGUGGAACGAGGAAUGUGCAAACACGCUACUAGACUUCCGGGUGCUCUGGCGUACGACUGAGAAUCCAACGGGGGAGGAGACGCAACGCGCGCGUAUCUGUUUCAAACGAAUAGUUCGUCGGGUUAAGCGAGAUUUCUGGCGUGGGAUCAUCGCGAGCAUCACAUCACCGGAUGAUGUUUAUAAAGUCACACGUUGGCUUAAGCCUCGGCAGCGGAUAUCCCCACCCCCCAUUCGGGUCGGCGAGCAGAUCUUCUCGACCAACAAAGACAAAGCUCGAGCCCUUGGCCGGGCCAAACUCGCACGGCGUACAGCUAGCGACGAUAUCGUCGACCCUUGGUCUAUACCUGUUACACCGGAAACCUCAAUUCCCUUCGACCAAAAAAUCUCCUACGAAGAGACACGAUUCGGGCUCCUUAGCACAGGCAACACCUCCCCUGGCGCCGACGGUAUUACAGUACACAUGCUUCAGAAACUCUGGCCAAUAGUAGGCCACCUCGUCACAGACAUCUACAACGCGUGCCUGCAGCACGGCUACUGCCCACGCGCUUGGCGCACAGCCGAGGUAGUGAUGAUCCCGAAGCAAAACAAACGCGACCUCACAGAUCCAGGGACGUGGCGACCAAUCUCUCUACUCUCUUGCCUAGGCAAGGGUAUGGAACGGAUCAUCGCCAAGCGGAUGUCACACCUUGCCAUCAAAAACAAGAUACUUCACCCGAAUCAAGCUGGCGCCCUGCCCCAACGAAGUGCUACAGACAUUGCUGCCGCGCUUACACACGAUGUUGAGCAAGCACGACGCAGAACGACCAAGAGAGUCGCCACGCUGGUGACGAUGGAUCUACGUAGGCAAGGUUGGCCGAUCUUCCUUAUCCGCUGGCUCGCAACGUUCCUCGCAAGUAGGUUAGCAAACGUUCGCUUCGAAGAUGCUAUUGCGGAAGCACUGGAGCUCCUGUGUGGCAUUCCGCAAGGCUCUCCUCUCUCUCCAAUCCUCUACCUGCUGGCGACAGCGGCGCUGUACAAGCUCCCAGGCGCCACGCAACGAUACGGUUACGCCGACGACACCGCCAUGCUCUUUGUUGGAGAGACGCUGGACGAGACUACCGCACAAGCGAACGCCGCAAUCGCGGCAAUGGAAGAGUGGGGGCGAAGCGAAGGCUUCGCCUUUGACAUCAACAAGACAGAAGUAAUACACUUCACAAACCAGAAACGAAGCAGUCUGCCACCCAUCCGACACAGGGAUCGGACGGUCCGACCGAAACCAGCGAUGCGAUGGCUUGGCAUCUGGUUUGACGCGCGCCUCAACUUUAGUGUCCACGUGUCAAAGUGGGCAGCGAAAGCUAAAAGCGUUAUAUAUCACCUGCGAAGUAUGAGCAACACUGUUCGCGGCAUCUCAGCUGCUGCGGCACAAAGUCUGGUCGCCAAGAGCCCUGACGAGUUGAGAAUUUGGCCACCAGCUGCCCCACCAGAUGCAGCCCUCUAA